UGUUCCGCGCUUUUGAUAGAGACAGCAACGGCUGCAUCAGUGUGGUGGAAUGGGUGGAAGGCUUAUCAGUAUUUCUUCGGGGGACAUUGGAAGAAAGAAUUAAAUACUGUUUUGAGGUUUACGACCUGAAUGGAGAUGGAUACAUUUCAAGAGAGGAAAUGUUUCAAAUGCUGAAAAACAGCCUUCUCAAACAACCAUCAGAAGAAGAUCCUGAUGAGGGGAUUAAGGACUUGGUAGACAUAGCACUGAAGAAAAUGGACUAUGAUCAUGAUGGCAAGCUUUCUUUUACGGACUUUGAAAAAGCAGUCAGAGAUGAAAAUCUUCUCUUGGAAGCCUUUGGACCAUGUUUACCAGACAUAAAGAGCAGGAUGGCAUUUGAACAGAGAACUUUCCAGGAAGCUCGUAAACUGUAG